CUUAAAGGUAUUACCUUUAAGGUAUAUAGAGAAAGAGCAAUAGUCGUCUCGAUAUGGAUAAACUAUUACCUUCGAACAAACUCCAACAUUUUCUAAAUUUCAAUUCCAUUUAUCAUGUCGAAGGUUUCCAAAAUCUUUGUUGUCGGUGCCACUGGAGCCCAAGGCAUUCCAGUCGUGCGCGGCUUGGUUAAAGACAAGGCAUACUUUGUCCGAGCCUUAACACGCAAUGCACAGUCCCAACGAGCCAAAGAUCUUGUCGCGCUCGGCAACGUCGAGCUGGUGGAAGGGACGUUCGCGAGCGAGGAUGAUCUCCGAAACGGCUUCCGAGGUUGCGAUGGAGCAUUCGUCAACAUCGACGGGUUCAACUGCGGGGAGAAGACCGAGACCAUCUGGGCUAUACGCUCCUAUGAGAUCGCACUGGAGGAAGGGGUCAAAUUCUUCGUAUACGGAAAUCUAGACUUUGUGUACAAAAAGGCUGGGUACAAUCCGAUCUUCCGCACUGGGCACUACGAUGGCAAGGGCCGCAUCGGAGAAUGGAUCCUACAGCAAAACAAGGAUAACGGGCCCAGGAUGGCUGCGGCGCUGUUCACGACUGGCCCGUACAUUGAGAUGUGCAUAUCUAGCCAGACCAUUAUGACUCCAACAGUGGAGGAUGGCGUCGUCACUUGGCGCGUGCCACUUGGUGACGGCGCGGUCGUGCAUGUGGCCCUCGAUGAUUGCGAGCACUACGUCCGCUGGCUGUUUGACAAUCCAGAGAGAGCCAACGGGCUGGACCUCGAGGUUGCCAUCGAUCAUAUCCCUUACUCUGAAUUGGCCCGGGCUUUUGAGAAGGUGACGGGUCAUCCAGCAAGAUACAUUGACACGGACAUCGGUACGUAUUGGACGGACGGCCCUAUGGCCGCUGUCGCCAGCAUGAGCAGUGGGUACAAUUCCGAUCUAAAUGAUCCUGCUGCCAUGACAUUCAGGCAGAACUUCACUGGUUUUUGGACAAUGUGGACACACUCAAGGGAUAACAAGGGCGUCAUUAAGAGGGACUAUGGCCUUCUGAACGAGAUACUCCCGGAUCGCAUUAAGACAGCGGAGGAAUGGUUCAGGAAGGAAGACGCGAAAGGUAGGAAAUUGGGACUGGGUAGUUUAUGGGAACGAGUGCAGCCAGAUCGUUUAAAGCCCAUCUUGAAAAUUGGAGAGGACGGAAGAAGAGGGAAAUUGUAGCUUUAUAACGCCCUCGGCAAUAAUCGAUGGCAGAAAGCUGUCCCGUAAUAUUCAACUGCGGAC